UCGAUUGAACGGAUCUGGUUGGCAACACUGAUCGAAACGGUUCCUGUCAAAUGUUCAAAAACAAACAUAAACAAUAAUGGAUAACGUGCGGGACAUUGUGAACGGGGCCCAACUGCCCCGCUUUUUGGGGAAAAACGUCAGUAUCAUCGGCAAGGCAGGGGGCGCAGACCCGGGCGCCGCGUCCUUCACGAUAGUCACCACUGACAACGUCCAGGUGCAGGUGAUCCCGAAUGAGCCCCCCACGCAGCCCGUCAGCGGCUGGGUCGAGGUGCGCGGUGAAUGCACCUCUCGCAACUCCAUCAAGGCGCUGGAUUAUGUGAUUUUCGCCAACGAGAAGUUCGACGCCAAAGGCUACAACGAGCUGUGCUCGCUCCUUUAUGCUGUGCCAGACAUAUGGAGCACCGAAGGGGCCCCCCAGUAAACCUAACCUAGAAACGUUGCGGUCGCAGCCUCGGCAGAUGGCGCCACAGUUUGCAGGUUUCAUCCGCAAACUGUAAUGCGAAUUAGUCCACUUUCCCCGCAUUCACUUCCAAUAAAUUUGCUAUUUUUUUAAGAA